AGAAGGGUCCCCACCAUCAGAUCCGGCGACUUCCAGGCUCCUUUCCAGACGGCCGCAGCCAUGCACCACCCGUCCCAGGAAUCUCCCACUUUACCCGAGUCCUCUGCUACGGAUUCCGACUACUACAGCCCGGCGGGGGGAGCCCCGCACGGCUACUGCUCGCCUACUUCGGCUUCCUACGGCAAAGCGCUCAACCCUUACCAGUAUCAGUACCACGGCAUGAACGGAUCUGCUGGGAACUAUCCUCCCAAAACCUAUGCAGACUACAGCUACGCCAGCCCCUACCACCAGUACAGCGGGGCUUACAACCGAGUACAGAGAUCUGCCAGCCAGCCAGGUGAUGUUGGGGGGACCUUCUGCGGCGGCGGGUAG